AUGAAAUUUGCCAUUGCCACCAUGAUUCUCGCCGCCGGCGUCCUCGCCGCCCCCGCGGACGAGAUGCUCGAGAAGCGCGACGGCCCUGGCAUCGUCAAGGCCGCCAACAGCCAGAUUGGCAUCGACUACGUCUGGGGCGGCGGCGGCUGCAAAGGUCCCUCCAAAGGCGGCUACGACUGCUCCGGCCUGACCCAGUACUCUGUCUGCAAAGCCCAGGGCAAAACCAUCCCCCGCACCACGCAGCAACAGUACCACUCGCCCAUGGGUAAGCAUCUGCCCCGCGCCCAGGCCAAGCCCGGCGAUAUGCUGUUUUGGGCCACUGGCGGCGACUGCAAGAACAAGGUUGCGCACGUUGGCAUCUUUGUCAAGGCGGGCACCAUGGUCAAUGCCGCGCAUACCGGCACAAAGGUCCGUCAGCAGGCUAUCUGGACCUCGAGCGGCGGCUUGUCCAUCUGCCCAGAUGCCGUUCGGUUUUGGUAG